ACAUGGCAUGUUUCUGGGAAGAUCUGAAGAGCAUGUUUCUCAGAGUCCUGACAAGACCCGUGAGAGUCAGCAUAGCCUACGACAGCAGCAGGGAAAUUGUGCAGUGGAGGGACAGGGUAAAUCCACUCACAGGAGCAGAGGGGUGAAAAGAAAUACAAAAGCUAUUCAACAGAAAAUUCCCCAUCCAGAGGGACCCUACACUUGCGAUAAAUGUGGAAAAGGCUUCAGAUUGAAAAUGAUCCUUUUUUUACACCAGAAAAUUCACUCAGGAGAGGAAAGUUUCAACUGUUCUGACAGCAGGAAAAGCUUCUCUCAGCUUGCAACUCUUAUAGAACAUCAAAGAGCCCACACAGGAGAGAAGCCUUUCAAAUGCUCCGACUGUGGGAAAUGCUUUAGUUGGCGCUCAGGCCUUACUAGCCAUCAAAUAAUACAUACACGGGAGAAACCACAUAACUGCUCUGAUUGUGGGAAAAGCUUCCGUCAGAGAUCACACCUUGUUAGACACAGAAGAAUCCACAAAGGAGAGAAGCCCUUUAGCUGCUCUAACUGUGGGAAAAGCUUCAGUCAGAAUGCCCACCUGGUGACACACCAGAGAGUCCACACAGGGGAGAAACCGUUUGACUGCUCUGACUGUGGGAAAAGCUUCAGUAGGCACUCCGGUCUAAUUAGUCAUCAGAGAAUUUGCGUAGGAGAGAAGACCUUUAACUGCGCUGAUUGUGGGAAAAGCUUCUGUGGGAGCACACAACUUCUUAGACACAGGAGAAUCCACACAAGGGAGAACGCUUUUGAUUGUUCGGACUGUGGGAAAAGUUUCACUAGGAGCUCACACCUUGUUAGACAUAGGAGAAUCCACACUGAAGAGAAGCCCUUUAACUGCUCUGAGUGUGGGAAAAGCUUUUGUGGGAGCCUACAGCUGAUUAAACAUCAGAGGAUCCACAUAGAGAAGACCGCGUUUGCCUGCUCUGACUGUGGGAAAAGCUUCCCGCGGCAGUCAAGUCUUAUUAGUCAUCAGAGAAUCCACACAGGCGAGAAGCCCUUCAACUGCUCUGCGUGUGGGAAAACCUUCCGCGGGAGCUCACAACUUGUUAGACAUAAGAGAAUCCACACAGGGGAGAAACCCUUUGACUGCUCUGACUGUGGGAAAAGCUUCAGUCAGCGCUCGCAUCUUGUUAAUCAUCUCAGAACCCACACUGGGGAGAAACCCUACAGCUGCCCUGAGUGUGGGAAAAGCUUCAGUCAGAACGCAAACCUAAUUACACAUCAGAGAAUCCAUAGCGGGAGGAGGGAAACCCUUUGAUCGUGGGUGGGGACUGUCCAGCCUGUCAAACAAUUUAAUCUGGCUCUUGAAGGGAUGGGGGAGAGUCCAGCAGCCAUGAAAUGCAGCAGGGGGUCCCUGUGGCAGUUUUAAAAUUUUCCCCCAGCCUCUCCUGUAGCAUGGGCCGGACACUUCCAGUUCCUCUCCUGCACAUGGAAGAGAUGCUCAGGAGAGCGGGCUUGAGGUGGGAAAGCUCUGUGCCGAAGCUCCUGAAUAAACAAGAGCUCCACUGUUUCUGUGCUUACUACCCCCCCCUCCCCCCACACACACACACACACACACGCGGCAGCUGCAGAGGGCUGGAGCUAUUAUGGAGGCAUGCAGGGCCCAGGAGGGAAGGAGGAGAGGGGAGUCCCUGGCGGGAAGGGAAACCCCUUCCCUGAAGGGAUUCCUUUAGGGAGGAAGGGGUGGCUACAGCUGGGCAAGCAGGUUUUUGUGUGUGUGCUUCUCACUUUUGUUCAUCCCCUGACUAAUAUCUUGGUGGGUUAGUGGCCCCUAACUCCAAAAAGGUUCUCCACCCCUGUUUUUGACUGUUUUGAAUGGGGGUAAAGCUUCAGUUGUACCUCAAAUAUCAUUCACUAAAGAACACACACAGGCGAGAAACCCUACAUCUGCUCUGGCUAGCCAAACGUUACACUGAAGCUGAUACUUCAUUGAAUAUGUCAGGUGAGAAAUGUGACAUAUUAUUCAAGCAGAAGUUUGUCAUUGCUCAUGCUUUCUAUUAUAUUGAACAACCUAAAGAUGAGAGACACCCUAUUGUAAUAUAACAGCUUUUCUGGGGGUACUGCUGAGAGGGUCAAGACAGAGCUAUUGACAGCCCAAGAUGGGGAGGAUCCUCCACUAUACUGCACACCAAACCAAUCAUAAAGAGUGCUGUUUGCUGCAAGAAUACACACAAGCAAUCCCCUUAGACAUGUUAGCUUCUCCUGUGCCACAACCAGCAUCACACCAUGCACAGAUGAGAGGUUAUGAAUAGAAACAAAUUAUAUAAACCGAUUACAAAGAUCCCGGUGCAGGCUUGUAGCAGAAGUAGAAUAAACUAUCUUAAACAUUUCUGGGAUACAUCCUGGCUACGUCUACAUUGGCCCCUUUUCCGGAAGGGGCAUGGUAAUUUUUGAAAUCGCAAU